AUGGACGCGGUGACGCGGGACCCCUCGACCGGGCGACUGAAUCCCCUUCCACCGCAUCCGGCGCUGCAGCCCUGGGAGACGCGCUACGAGGUCGACGAGAUGCUGGAGUUCAUGAAUUCCUUGAACUACGUGCCCUGGCUCGCCGUCGUCGCUUACGUCGCGAGCAUCUACGCCUUGGAAACAUCCAUGAAGCGUCGACCGGCCUUCUCGCUGAGGAAGGCGAUGGCGGCUUGGAACGCGUUCUUGGCCCUCUUCAGCCUCUUCGCCACUCUGAGGAUGGGGGUCUCCUUCUUCUACAACGUGCAACACUUUGGAUUCAGCCAUUGCACCUGUGCCACAGGGAGGGCAAAGGAAGAUCCAACAGCCUACUUGUGGACCAUGAUCUUCUCCUUCUCGAAGAUCCUGGAAUUCGGCGACACCUACUUCAUUCUCCUCCGGAAGCAGAAGCUGAUCUUCCUCCACUGGUACCACCACGCGAGCGUCCUCCUCUUCACGUGGUUCAACACCGCCAGGGCGGAGGAGGCAGGCGGCUGGUUCUGCUUGAUGAACGCUGCGGUGCACACACUCAUGUAUUCCUAUUACUUCCUGAGGGCCAUGAGGGUGUCGGUGCCUCGAGAGCUCAUGAUGCUCAUUACCAUUUCUCAGAUCGCGCAGAUGGUGAUGGGUAUAAUGCUCUGCGGUUACGUGAGUGUCACGAAGAUGCGCGGGCUCCCGUGCAACAUGUCCAAUCUGAUCCUGACCUGCGCGAUCUUAAUGUAUCUCAGCUACUUCGUCUUGUUCGUGGACUUCUUCCGCAAGACUUACCGAAAGUCCGCUCAGAAGCGACGCAAGUCUUCCUUCCUCGACGGGAAGGAGGAAAUCCCAAGGGAGAAAAACGAGAUCCACGUCGUCGGCAAACUCUCCGUGAACGGCAUCAGCAGGAGGAAGUCCGCGACUUACAGCGAAUUCAUUCAAGGCUAG